GACGUGACGUCACAAUUUAGCAAAACUGACUACACGCGUGAAAUAAAUUGCAAAGUAUUAAAUCAAUCAGUGUGAGUGCAACUAUUCCCUUGAAAAUGACUAAAUAUAAAUGUAUAAACAGUAAUAAAUGCUUUAGUCACUAUUAGAAUUAAUACAAUGAUUAUCUCUCAAAGUUGUGCCGUAGGGCGAUACAUUUUUCGCAAGAAAAAUGUAGUUUUCAGGAAACUCUUGUCUUCCUAUAGUUUUCAGGGUCAUUACGUAAAUAGACAAGGUAGUGCACUAUGUCAUUGCCAAGGCAUUCAACAACAAAAUCGUAGUUUUAUAAACCUGCCAAUAACAAACAAAACAAGAGUUUAUACUGGAAGGCAACUUGUUGGCUACACAAUGGAGCAAAUGUUUGAAGUUGUAUCAGAUGUAGGAAGCUACAACAAAUUCCUACCGUGGUGCAAAAAGUCUAUAGUUUUGAAAGAAACACCAGGAAACCUGAAGGCGGACUUGAUCAUUGGCUUUCCUCCUAUCAAUGAAAGCUACACUUCAAAUGUUACGCUAGUCAAACCACAUUUGGUAAAAGCAGAGUGUUCUGAUGGAAGACUCUUCCACCAUAUGUUGACCCUUUGGAGAUUCAGUCCUGGUCUAAAAAGAGAACAGCAGUCGUGUGUUGUGGACUUCCAGAUAACAUUCGAAUUUAGAUCAGCUAUACAUUCACAUUUAUCUAAUUUGUUUUUUGACCAAGUUGCUCGACAAAUGGAAGGUGCUUUCAUUAAAGAAGUCGGAAGGCGCAAUGGGCCGGCAACAAUGCAGCCUAGAAAGUUACUAAUAAACAAUCACACUUUGAAAACUUGACGCUUACUAAUUGCAAACCAAAAAAAUUAGUUCAAUUCAGUGUACAUAAUUAUUGAGUAUUUAUUGUGAUUACUUUAUGUAAAAAUUUGUGAAUAUUAUAUUUUAUCUAUUAGUCUGUUAGAAAUGUGAGGCAGAGCCAUUGUGAUUUAAUGAUAAUAAAAAGAUAAAAUUUAAA